AGGCGCCUUGUUUACCGGAAGUGUUGCUCGGGCCAGCGAGCCAACUGUUUCCGGUGGAAMAGCAAACAGUCGAGAAGGAGGUCGAGCUCCUCUUUACCGGGACGAGGAGACAGCGGGUUUUUAUCUAAGUUUCAGUUUUGCCAUCUUCAAUCAUGACAGCUGUUGUGAGAGGUGAAUCGUGAACUAAAGAAACUGCUGGUGGCGUCUGUGGGCGAUGACCUGGAGUACCAGUUUGAGCGUUCGUCACGGGAGAGAAAUCAGCUGAUUUUGGAGAACGAGGCUCUGGGCCGAAGCCUGGCCCACACCGCAGAGCAGCUGGAGCGAAUGAGUAUCCAGUGUGACGUCUGGAGGAGCAAGUUUCUGGCCAGCAGAGUCAUGGCAGAGGAACUGACAAACGCCAGAGCAGCACUGCAGAGACAAACCAGAGAGGCACAAGGAGCGAUUCAGGACCUGCUGCUGGAGAGGGAAGAGUUCACAAGAGACAUGAUGCUCACGCACAGGUCUCUGGAGCAGCUCCUGGUAUCUUUGCAGUGGGGCAGACAGCAGACUUAUUACCCCAGUUCUCAGCCCCUCAGCAUGGGAGAGCUGGCUGCAGCCAAUCACAAGCUGGCAGACGCCAUCAACUCCCACCUGCUGGGCAACAACAAAAACAGCAGCAGCAGCAUCGGUGUGACGAAGAGCAGCAGUGUGACGAAGAGCAGCAGUGUGACGAAGAGCAGCAGUGCAGCAGCCGAGCAGCUCUGCAGCACACCAGCUGAAAAGAUGGCCGAGAAGGUUCUGAAAAGUUUAAACCCAAUCCAGUGUUCAGAAAAGAAGGCGGAGCCCGAGCUCAGCGAUUCCACCUCCUCCAACUUCCUCAACAACAAGAAGAGCAUCGGCCGGUUCCACCCUUACACCCGCUACGAGAACAUCACCUUCAACUGCUGCGAGCGCUGCACCGGAGACAUCAUUGUUCUGUAGCCAAAGGCCAGGAGGAGCCCUCUUUCAUCAGACUUACUUGAAGCAUCGCUUCAUGGAAACUGAUUCAGUUUUCUUUUUCCCGAUACCUGGUAUUUAUUUUAUUAAGGAAAUAAGAAAAUAGGAGUUUUAUUUUGAAAAUCCAAUGCUGUAAUUUUCUUUAACUCGGUUUAAACCACGUUUCAUUCUGGACCGUCGAGUCACGGUGAAUCGGUGAAACGAUAACUGGAACAUAUCAGUGUUGUUUUUAUGUAUUCCUUACGCCUGGUUCCCCCUGCAGCAUAAUUGUGCAGAUUUUCAAUUAAAUUUCACCCUUCUGGUAAUAACGA